CGGGCGGGAGAAAGCUCGGAUGCUCUGAGAGGCUCUGGGUUUAGGUUUGUUGGUUGUUGUUGUUGUUUGGUUGUUUUUGUUGGUUUUUUUUUUUUUUUUUUCCCCUAGCCUCCGGAACAACCACUAGGGAUGUCCGGGAUUCAACCAGAGGAUGGUUCCCCUCCGUACAGGAAUUGGACGAGUGGGUCGGAACUAAACGAAACGCGGGAGGCUCUUUUAACCCCUUCCUCCGACUACGAUGAUGAGGAGUUCCUGCGAUAUCUCUGGAAGGAGUAUUUGCAUCCCAAGGAAUAUGAAUGGGCGCUGAUCGCCGGCUACAUCGUCGUCUUCAUUGUGGCUCUCAUCGGGAACAUCUUGGUUUGCCUUGCAGUGUGGAAGAAUCAUCACAUGCGGACCGUUACCAACUAUUUCAUAGUGAAUCUUUCUCUGGCUGACAUUCUGGUCACAAUUACUUGUCUUCCAGCAACUUUAGUUGUGGACAUCACAGAAACGUGGUUCUUUGGACAGACCCUCUGUAAAGUGAUUCCCUACUUACAGACAGUUUCAGUCUCUGUGUCUGUCCUAACACUCAGCUGCAUUGCUUUGGAUCGAUGGUAUGCAAUUUGUCACCCUUUGAUGUUUAAAAGCACAGCCAAGAGAGCAAGGAACAGCAUUGUAAUUAUCUGGAUUCUGUCCUGCAUCAUAAUGAUUCCUCAGGCUAUUGUUAUGGAGUGCAGCAGUGUGUUCCCAGGAUUAGCCAAUAAAACCACCUUGUUCACAGUGUGUGAUGAGCACUGGGGAGCUGAGGUUUACCCCAAAAUGUACCACACGUGCUUUUUUCUGGUGACAUACAUGGCACCACUGUGUCUUAUGGUGUUGGCCUAUUUGCAAAUAUUCCGAAAGCUGUGGUGUCGCCAGAUCCCAGGAACUUCUUCAGUUGUUCAGAAGAAAUGGAAGCCUCAGCAGCCCUCAGCACAGCCCCGAGGGCUGGGACAAUCAACAAAGUCAAAGAUUAGUGCUGUGGCAGCUGAAAUAAAACAGAUUCGUGCAAGAAGGAAAACAGCACGUAUGCUAAUGGUUGUCCUUCUUGUUUUUGCACUUUGCUAUCUACCAAUUAGCAUCCUCAAUGUCUUGAAAAGGGUUUUUGGGAUGUUUAAUCAUGCUGAUGACAGAGAAACUGUAUAUGCCUGGUUCACAUUCUCACACUGGCUUGUAUAUGCAAACAGUGCAGCCAAUCCUAUUAUUUAUAACUUCCUCAGUGGGAAAUUUAGAGAAGAAUUUAAAGCAGCAUUUUCCUGUUGCAUCUUUGGCAUUCGCAGCCACCAUGACGAACGGUUCACCAGAGGUCGUGCCAGUACAGAGAGUCGGAAAUCCUUGACCACCCAGAUCAGCAAUUUUGAUAACGUUUCAAAACUUUCAGAACACGUUGUAUUGACCAACAUAAACACAAUUCCAUCAAAUGAUAUCCCAGCUAUGCUCAGCCCAUUGAAGUCAGCAGAACUGCAUCUCCACAUACCCGGGAUGAACAUGACUUCAAAUAUAGAUGAAGCCAUGAGGGUUUCUGCAGAAGACACUGCCAAAACAGAGAAUGCAGAAUGGGAUAAAUUUGUCCCUAGCAUAACAAAACUUACUUCGAUGGAGUUACAGCAAGGAUGACUUUGGCUCAACACACUACAACUGCCAGAAUGCAUCACAUGCUUUUAGCUGUGGUGCAGACUACAACUGGACAAAGGGAUUCCUUCAAGAUAACUGCCUAUCCUCUUUCUUCUCAGUCUUACAGAAAC